AUGUUUCAAUCAGCGAGUCGUUCUACGAUCGUCACCAGUAAACAGCCAGCUGUUGAAUUAACACCAGUUUUGCCGAAUACUUGUCGUAUGACAAUGGUGGGAUAUCGAAAUGGAAUAUUGGAAACGAGCAGAAGUUUGCAUACAGGUGAUGAAUCUAGUCUUCAAGAGGUUCUAGCCGCAGAUUUGAAUAAUGACACACUACGUACCACACAACAGCGCUUGCUCUCAGCGAUUUAG